AUGCGUCUGCUCCUCGCUAACGGUUUGAUGUGGGGCAACGCUGUCCUUGCUGGUCAGGCACUUAUCAUCACUAUCGUUGGUACGGCAAUGGGACUUAGUUGGCGGCGUCACCUCAACACCAUAUUCCGAAGCCAGCACCUCAAUUUAGUGAUUGCCUUUUUCCUCUUCACCGGCUUCACCAUGAUAGUGGUCGCCGUUUUCGGCAUCUACAUAUCGCGCAAACUCUGUAAGGCGGAUCAGGAUCAUCGUGCCAUACACGGAUCCAGUAUCUACAAUGCCUUGUCAUCGAUCGUGCUAGUGAGCAUACUUGUCAGCGCUGCCUUGACGACGUAUCACGUCAAAGGAGCCAGGAAAGUAGCAGAACAGGACUUGCGAUACACGAUGUAUCAAUAUUUCGUAGAUGACGCGGCUAGGCCUCCACUAGAUCAUCUUCAUGCAAACUUCAAGUGCUGCGGAGUGAACAAUUUUACUGACUGGACAUUGGCGACGCAAUCGACAAAUUUGAAGAAGGAUUUAAGCGGAGAGGUUCCUACGAAACCGUUCGUUCCAAGUUCGUGCUGCGUAGUUCCUCGACAAGAUGGAACCUGCUUCAAGUAUUACGAAAAUGGAUGUGGACCAGCGGUACAGGAGUAUCUGGACAUGCUAGUGCCGACCAUAAUUUUCACUGUCGUCUGCAUUGUGGUGUGGCUGUUUCUGCUUUCGGCCACCUCACGCAAGCUGCAGGAAGCUGUCACGAAAAAAACGCUGUGA